AAUUCCUCUAUGAGGUAAGAAGAUGCCGACAGUAACGCUGCCAGCGUUUUGUUAUCUCAAAAGUGAAAAUACAAUGAAAUUACAUUCUUGCCCCCGAUUUAAAACCCUAUUUCUUCUUCUACCCUUCGUUAUUCGAGAGAGCCUUUCGACUGACUGCUCGACUUGGAGUCGUCCCUUCCCUUCCGACGACGGUUCGAUUAGAGUUUCAGGUUGGCAGUACCGGCGCCGGAGGUGGUUGCAUGCGGUAGCUUCCUGGACAUGGGAUGCCCAAGAUGAAACAUGUGGGAUUUGCAGGAUGGCUUUUGAUGGUUGUUGCCCUGAUUGUAAACUUCCAGGGGAUGAUUGUCCUCUAAUUUGGGGUGCAUGCAAUCACGCAUUCCAUCUUCACUGCAUCUUGAAAUGGGUGAAUUCGCAGACUCCUCAAGCACAUUGCCCUAUGUGUCGUAGGGAAUGGCAAUUUAAAGGAUGAUUGAAUUGAGUUGGUUGACCUGGUAGUUCUCCAUUGCUUUCUCUGUAAUAUAUCAGAAGCUGAAUGUCUUUAUGAUGCAUUGAAACCAGGAACGCAUUUUCACUUCAUAAGAAGUGAUACAUAAGAGGCAUUUGGGGUGAUCAUUUAAUAUUAGAGUUUUCUUUCCUUUACCUAUGUACGAGAGACUUCCAAGGAAAAAAGGAAAAAGGUUCUUUCAAUGGUCGAUUGAGGAAGCCUUGACCCAAGUGGCAGAUAGAUAUUCUGUUCAAUAGAUAGAAAAGUCUGGAUUGGGCCCUUGUUGAAUUUUAGAGUCUCAUUCAAUCAUUUUAAAACACCCCUCCCCCUGCAUUGGUCGUUUUCCCU